AUUGUUUAAAUAGUUAAUAGUAGUUAAUUGUCUAAUUAAUUAAUAUUAACCUUGGAUAAAGAAUUUUAACAACAUUUAUGAUAGUGUAUAUAUAAUGGAAAAUGAAAAAUCUGAUAAUGUAGCUGGAGCAGGACAGCCAUUUCAGUUAAGACCUUCUAAGUUAGGAUCAGAUUUCAGUUCAUUCAUAAAGGAUGCACCUAAUAGAUUUACCUUGAGACCCUCUGCUUUAUCUGCAGCUGCUGAAAAUAUUGUUUUGACUACAAAGACUGAAAAAGAAAGUCCAUCUAAAGGAUUUACUUUGAGACCCUCUGCGUUAUCCACAGCUGCUGAGAAUAUUGUUUUGACACCAAAAGCUGAAAAUCGGAAAAGGGCAAUUAGUGAUGAUAGCCAAGAGACUGAUCAGUUUGAGGAGGCAAACAAAAAAACAAAAACAGCAAAUCAAAUAAAUGAUUCUGUAAAAUCUUCAGAAAAUAAUGAUUCUGUAAAAUCUUCAGAAAAUGAAUCCACUGUGGGAAACUUAGAUAUUGUAAGACAUCCUACUGGCAUAGGCACUUUUGGAUUUACUAGUUCUGAAAGUAAUAUUGGUUUAGAUACUAACAGUUUAAAUAAGAAUAUUUCAGAUCAGGUUCCUAAUUACUUCCGCAAAGGGUUGGAGAAUGGAGGAAAGAAAUUAGAAUUUGUUUUUGGUGCUUCAAGCAAUGAUGGCAUAACCAGUAAUGCGGUAGACGGAUUCAGAACAUUAAGCAAUAAAACUCAAGACUUUAACAAUCAUAACAAUAAUGUACAAGGACAAGAUAAUCACAAGCUUCUCGAAAACGCUGAUCAAUACCAAAAGUCAUAUUUGGAAAAUAAAAAACAUUUUGAAGAACUUCAACAGUUUACUGGAGAAGAAGGUGAAAAUCAUGUUCUACAGGUUUUAUGCAAGUUGCAUGAAUUCAAUAGUAAAACAAAAACAUGGCAAGAAAAAGGAAGAGGAACAUUAAGACUAAAUGAUAUUACACAGUCAGAUGGGUUGUUUCAGUCAAGGAUAGUAUUUCGAACCCAAGGUACAAAUAUUGUACUUUUAAACACCAUGCUAUGGCCUGAAAUGUGCUGUGAAAAAGUUCGAGAAAAAAAUGUGCGCAUAAGUGGUAUUACACCAGACUCUCAAGAAGUUAAACUCUUUUUAUUAAAUUGUGGACCAAAUGAUUGUCAAAAAAUAUUCACAUCAAUUGAACGUCGUAUUGUUGCUUUAAAGCGCAGAAAAGAACACCUCAGUAUUGUAAAAAAUGCAUCUAAUUUUGAAAAUUCUGAUAAUGACAUUGAUAGUGAUAGUUCUGGUAAGCAAAGCUGUACUGGCACAAAUUCAAUGUUAUCAUCUUCAUCAUCAUCUUCAGCUAAUUCAGAUAACCAAUGAAAAGAUUGAAGAAUUUUUUCUUAACAAGUAUGAAGAACAUUUGUUUUCAACACACCGAUGCAUUUAGUUAUCUGAAGAUGUCUUGUCUCGCAUUUUAAAAGAAAACUAAAGUGACGCUUUCUCGUUCUCGCAUUUUAAAAGAAAAUUAAAGUGACGCAAAAGUUCGUGAAAAUGUUAUUUUAAAGAUUAAUUUUUAUAGUCGCA